AGAGAUGUCCAGGGCGUGGGCCGAAACAAGAGACCACGUUCUUGUGUUGGACCUGUUUUCCUGGCUUUGAUGAAAAGGUGCUAGAAAUAUUGAGCAGAAGAACCACACAAUAAAUUCUUCUUCCGUUGUUUAGAAACUUUCCUUUGUGCAUUCCUUCAGCCUCUAGUUGCUGUGCCAAGUCCUUCCCUGGUCUCGAGCAAGAUAAGCGAAUCAACAACUGGCAUCAAAAGCUGCAUGCCUCAUCGCUUGAUCCGGCCGAGGAGAGCUGUUGGGCGAUCCUUACAACGCUACCCUUUCUUUUCAAACCGUCGAUAUAUUUGGAAGACUGCGAGCGGCUUUCCCGAACCGAAUCCUGGGUCACCCAGACAUCCCGGAGCUAUGGCUUCCACGCCGGCCCCAAAUACUGCUGUCGAGAAGAAGGUUGAGAAGUCAUAUCUUGCUUCCGCCGUCGACUCGAUCAAUCCCUGGGCUGGACCUCGCAGUGCAACUCCCACGCCGAAAGAUCCUCAGCCAGCCCUCGCCCCCUCCACUACCGUCGACCAUACAUUGAAUCCCUUUUAUGGCCAAAGCUUCAAACGAUAUCCACCAGACUGUCCCCCGCCUAAUAUACAGUGGUUCCAUGCUGUUGACGUGCCAAAACGCAAGCCUAAGUUUAUGAUCACCAAGGCCGCUUCCGAUGCCAAACCUGCCCAGCCAAAGAAAUACGUCGCCUUUGAUCCCCGAGAUUCGCGAGCCGUGGAGGCCGCAUACCAGGCUAGACUACAGGAGCUCGAGGAGGAACGGAACGCUUUCACCGGGAAUGCGCUUGCUCGCAUAGGGACUAAGCGCCCACGGGCUGUGUCUGGCGAGGGAGAAAAAGACACAGACAGUAGCGGAUCCAAAACAAGAGUGCCCGUAAACGAAGACUUCUUGUUCGAUGUGGAUAUUGAAGAGCGCGAACUUGCGCCCAUUUACUGGGAGGGUCCCGUGUACGAGGUCCGGCGCGGAAGUUGGUUCUAUCAAGAGGGCUCCACGCUCCGACCUUGUGAGGAGAAUCUGGCUGCUCAACUUGAGGAGGGAUAUCUCAAGGUCAAGCCAUGGCAAUACCCGAAGGCACCCUCGAACCCGUCAACGAAGGGACUAACACCCAAGGGUUCCUCGGAGAACUUGAAGAUUGUCGAUGAAUCCCAGGCCAAAACCAGCGCAAAGACUGCAGCCAGUGUACCCCAACAUCAACCGCAGACCUAUCGGUUGUUCGGUAGUUAUAUGAACAGCGUGGCAACGUAUCAGGAUUCUAAUACAGCGUGGUUGUCCUCUGAUGGGAUGUUGUCGUGGGUUACAUCGACAAUGUACGAAAGGUUUGCAGGUGGUGGAUACAUGAGUGGUGUGAAACUAGUGCGAGGGUACACUGAGGCGAAGAAGGUCAAGGAAAAGGAUGAGAAGCGGCCAGUGACACCAGCGGGAUCAAAAUCAACAUCCAACGAGAAAGGCGAUGAGACCCCAAAGGCCCUCAAGAGGCGAUCUGCACCGCCCACGAGCGUGCGGCCCAGUCUGGAUGAGGGUGCAGACAUGGAGCCCGACAAUCCUCGGAACUCUUUAUCUCGCCAACUGUCCAAUUUGAUGGAGCGGGCAGAGGACCCAGAAGCUGAAGCCGAGGCUAUCAGGGUGCGCGAAGAGAAGGAGAUGAUGGGCGAUUACAAUACCAACGCUGGUGAGAACCAAGGCCGUGAUAUCGAGCAUCUGGUGUUGGUGACACACGGCAUCGGGCAGUUGCUAUCUCGCAGGAUGGACAGCAUCAACUUUGUUCACGAUGUGAAUAUUCUUCGCAAGAAUCUCAAGAAUGUGUACUCUGUAUCCGCAGAUUUACGGGCACUCAAUUCUGAGAUUGGGGAAAGCGGACCAGGUAACUGUCGAGUUCAGGUGCUGCCUGUGGUCUGGCGCCACCGUCUCGACUUUCCCAAGCGCAAGCCAAGAAGAGGAGAACACGAUCUCGCCGAGGCAUUUGAUGAGGAGGACGAGUACCCGUCUCUGGAGGAUAUCACCAUUGAAGGCCUCGCUUUCGCCCGUUCCCUUAUUUCUGACCUCGCCCUCGACGUGCUUCUCUACCAGAGCGCCUACCGGGAGCAAAUCGCCGACAUUGUUGUCAAGGAAUCCAACCACAUCUACAGGACCUUCAAGGAACGCAACCCAGAGUUCAAGGGCAAAGUCCACAUUGUGGGGCAUUCCCUCGGCUCAGCCAUCAUGUUUGACAUUCUCUGCCGACAAAAGAAAAGGGCACCUGCCGCUUCGCUGCCGCGAAACCCUUUGAGAAUCUGGCCUGCUGCCUCUUCAGAAGAUAGAUUCGAACCAAAGGAGAGCAGAGAUCUGGCUUUCGACUUUGACGUGGCGGACUUUUAUUGUCUAGGGUCACCGAUCGGGUUGUUCCAGAUGCUCAAGGGGAGGACAAUUUCCGCUAGGAAUCUGCCCAAUGCUGUCCCGUCGGAGAGCCCGCUGAAUCCGGAUUACAUGGAGGAUCCCUUUUUGUCUGCACCGGCGUAUUCGUAUGCUAGCGAUCAACACCUCUCUCCUAUUACUGGCCACCCGUUCAGUGUCUCCUCUCCCAAAGUCUCUCAGAUGUUCAACAUUUUCCACCCGUCGGAUCCGAUCGCGUACCGACUUGAACCGUUGAUAUCCCAGGUCAUGUCUACUCUCAAGCCGCAGGCAUUGCCAUAUACAAAAAAGACCAUCUUUGGGAGUGUAGCCCCUCAAGGGCUGACGGGCUUGGGGGCAAAGGUUGGGCAGAGCGUGACGGGGUUGUGGAGCAGUUUCUCUGCUGGGAUCGCGAGUAGCUUGCUGAAUCGGAGCUUGGGGCUGACGCAGGAGGAUGUGAAUAAUAUCAAUGCUUCGCAUCAUCGGGAGAGGGAGUUGAGUCUUAGUCCGGUUGGGUCGCCGGGUAGUGGUGCGUGGAAGGAGAAGCAGCUUGGGGCGGCGGAGGGGGGGGGCAACAGUAAGAUGGAGGAUCAUGUGGAAAAGAGCGAGAAGACGGCGGAGAGGCAGAUGGCGAUUGCGGCGGUUACGGGGGGAGGGAAGGAUGGGGGGGCGUUGAUUGAUGAGGAGUUGGAGACGUUGUUUAGUCGGUUUCAGAAGAGUAGGGUUGAGAGGGCGGAUGGUGGUGGGGGGGAGAAGGGGGAUGGGAAUGGGGGGGAUGUGCUGACGAAGGAGAGGUGGUUGGAGGAAGAGAGGAAGGCGCAGAGGAUGAGGAGGGAGGAGGGGAAGAUUAGGGGGUUGAAUAGGAAUGGGAGGGUGGAUUAUUGUAUUCAGGAGAGUGUGCUUGACUUUAACCCGAUGAACACGAUUGCGUCGCAUAUGAGUUAUUGGGCGGAUGAGGAUGUGGCUCAUUUUGUCCUUUCGCAGCUGUUGCAGGGGGAGAGGGUGAGGACGCCGAGGGUGUGAUGAUAGCGUGUGAUGGUAUGAAUGUAUGUAUGAUGAGACGGGGGAAAUUGGGAAGAGGAAUGGAUGGAUGGAUAUACCCUUAUUGUUACAGAGAGAUAGAAACUGUUUGAUGUUUGGGCAUAGGAGAGGUGGUGCUUUUGACAUGAAGGAACAGAUCCGAUGUUCACUGUAGGGGAUGUAUGUAUUAUCAACGCUUUUGAUAUCUCUAAACAGCCAGCCGCUUUUUAUGUAUC